ACGGAGGUUUCCUCGCUCUAAGCACCGGCGAAAGCUUCCAAGAUGCCAGAGCCAGCCAAAUCCACCUCUGCGCCCAAGAAGGGCUCCAAGAAAGCGGUGACCAAGACCCAGAAGAAGGGGGAUAAGAAGCGCCACAAGAGCAGGAAGGAGAGCUACUCCAUCUACGUGUACAAGGUGCUGAAGCAGGUGCACCCGGACACCGGCAUCUCCUCCAAGGCCAUGGGCAUCAUGAACUCCUUCGUGAACGACAUCUUCGAGCGCAUCGCGGGCGAGGCGUCGCGCCUGGCGCACUACAACAAGCGCUCCACCAUCACCUCGCGCGAGAUCCAGACGGCCGUGCGGCUGCUGCUGCCCGGCGAGCUGGCCAAGCACGCCGUGUCCGAGGGCACCAAGGCUGUCACCAAGUACACCAGCUCCAAGUAGCUGGCGCUCGUCGCCAGCGGGACUUGUAGGUGGACAGGGGCGACGGGGGGCAGCUGCUGCACGGAGAAAUGUCACCACCGCUACUCCCGUUUGUGGGGCAUGGGCAUUCGGAGCUGCCUCCUGAGCGAGGGGGCGGUGAGCUGCACGUGGGCUUGUUUUCCUGCCGGGACACGCUGCGGGUUUUGUGCGUCGCGCCGCAGGCAGAGGAGGCCUCUGCUUCCCCAUCUCACGCGGAGGAGGCCGCGCUCUCCUCCGCGCUCGGAGCAGACCCGUGCCUGGCGCUCGCAGGGCGCACGCGCGGUGUUGGCACGCGGGCUCUGAAGUCUCCCUGGGGCCGGCCCGUCUCAUUGCCCUCUCACAGGCUGGGUUGCAGCAGGUGGUGCCCACUGCAGAGCACCCAUAGCGAUUAAAAGGAGGCCUGUGCUGGACCAGGCUGCAGGAGGCCUCUGAAAGAAGCAGCCCAGGGAGUGGGCCAGCACCAUGGGACACAUCAGUGCUAGCAUCCCACUGAACUGGCCACAGGGUGUGGGGCACCUGGUCCCUGCUCACCUCAGGACAGCCCAGAUGUCUGAGCUGCCUGUGCCGAGACCUGGGAAAGGAGAGGGAGACGUUGGGUGGCCUCCCGCCCCUGGCUGCUGCUUUGCCUGCUUCAGGAUCCUGCUGUGCUCUGCAAGAUGCUGCUCUUUCCACCGCUGUCCGAGACCUCCUCUGCCGCGAUGCUGCUGGCGCUUACCCGCCUCCCAGGGACACUUGACAUCAUUUUAAACAACUUCAGAUAUUCCCCAUGCCUUCUCAAACAUCAUAGAAAGGUGAGCAAUAAUAAAGCCUUGUUAAAAGCCAUAGAGAUGGGUGGAGGAAACUCUCCAUCUAAAAUAGGUCUUGGUGGAGAUGCUGGGCAGCACGGUAAGGCCUGGGUAGAACUGGUGUGAAUCCAAAGCUUCCCGUUCGAAACACAGCACAGCCAAUGGUGAAAAUAAAUCUAAAUCUCUGGUAGGCUGUAGUACCUCAGAUCAAAAAUGUCCAUGUCUUUAAAAUAGCAACUGAUUGUUAUUCUGUGAAGGAAAGGGCAGCAAAACCAGGAAAGCCAUUAGAUCAGCUUCACCCCAAACUCCCAGACUUUCUUUUUAAUGAAAAUGUAAAUUAAUUCUCCAAAAUAAUAACCUUGUACUACAUCUCUCAUUUAUCUGUAUGCUUUUUUGUUUUGCACUGUGGGAGUGAUGAGGACCCUUGAAAAACUGGUUGCUUUUGGAACUGCAGAAUUCUGCUGUUCCAGAAUGUUCAGUUGCUUCUUGUUUGUUUAUUUUUUUAAGGGUUGUAGUAACUUUGCAGUUGGUCCUGAAGCAGGAACUGCACAGAACUGCACAGCCAAACGCAUCUCUGGGAACCUAGGGCAGCAUGGGCCCCUCGGUGGUGCUGUGCUGGAAAGAAGUGCAAAUCCACACCUCCCGUUUGGAUCGGUCCUCUGUGGUACAGUCCUGUGCCAACCAGCUCUUCCAUACCCACCUGCAAGGGCUGAGCAUGGAAGGCCAUUGCUCCAGAGAUUUCCUUCCAUUCCCAUGGAAGGCCAUUGCUCCAGAGAUGUCCUUCCAUUCCUUUCCUGAAAUGUGGAGUCCCCACACCAGGAGACAGGCCUUUCUUCCCAUGCUUUGCUCACUGAUCAUACACACCCCGGGGCUUUCAGCUGCAUUUAAUGCAAUGACCCCAACAGGAAUCUCUUGCAGUAUCUUGCAGCAUCUCCUGCAAUCAGCACCAGCAUGGGUUCCCAGUGCUGGUGUCUAUGUUUGGUGGCCACAGUCCAUCCCAUUUGGCCAUGACCCUGUGGAAGUGCCAGCUUAGCAGAUCCUUCUGUUUUCCAAUCAAACAGCCAAAGGCAGGAACCAGACAUGAAAAUAUACCUGGACUGGACGUAAAGCUGCUGUCAUUGACCCUCCUUCCACCAAAAAGAGAAUGGCACAGCAGGGGAAUGAAUAUAAAGUGGAGGGCUACUUGGCAGCACUGAAACUUUUUCCUCCAACCCAAUGAGUCAGAAUUCCUCACAUCAGGAUUUCCCUGUGAUACAGGAACAGAGGGGCAAACAGGACUGUUCAGUUCAAUGCUACAUGUGCAAGCCAGGCUGCUGCUGGGCCUCCCCCAGCUUUACUCAGCACUGCUUCCCAAUCCUCAUCACUUCGCAGCAGCCCAGAAGGCUGAAGCUCUACUUCAGCCUCCACGGGCAGUGCAGCCGCCCGCAGCAAGGAAUCCAGAAAAUAAAAUUAAACCUUCUUGCUGCUGAGUCUCCUGGCCCAGUACCGCAGCAGGGGGAGCAAGGCUGGGCUCUCAGACAAGAAAUUCUGGCCCGUUGCACAGAGUCACAGCGAGCGUCGGGCUCCUUUUCCGCUCUCUGAGGUGGCACUGUUGUCAAAUCUAUUUUGGGGGAUUGUUUUGGAGAGGAAAAGAGACAAUUUAAGGAGGGUUUAAAAAUACUUCAAGUCUUGGAGAGGAUUUUUGUAUCGUUUAAAGAAAAGUCACUGUGAUUGAACAUCUCCAUCCCUUUAUAAUUUAGGCUGUAGCUUGGCACAUAUUUUGCUCUUUGCUCUCCCCUCUCAAAUUCUUUGAUUUUCCCCUGACAACACGAAGAACAGGACCAAAGAGUUGAUCCAUUAAAAUGAACCUUAAAACCUCUCCUAUUUUCUCCUCGCAGGCUUCAUUUUAAGCUAGGUCUGGUCCUUAAUCUGGACUGUCACCAUCAUGCAAACAUCAGGGACAGUCACUGGUCCCACCAACCAGCAUAAACUAGGGCUGCCUCUGAAGAUAGUUAACAGCACUUGUGGAGUCGUGGCCCAUGUGUGAAAAGACAAAUGGAAAAGAUACAUAUGUGUGUGUGUCUUGAACUGCUGCCUGAAAAGACACAACUUCCCACAGUUACCUGCUCGCACUGGCUCCUGGUCACGCCACUUUAAUUGGAAUUAUUGUGGCAGUGACAGGCUUUGGACUGAGGCUUAAAAGUAGAGAUAAGAGAAAAUAGUCUAAACAUUCAAGGAUCAAAGUAUUGAUUGCCCGCUUAGCAGACAGAGUUGUGGCAUGUUCCAAAAGUCCCUUGCCAUGGGAUUUUCUGCAAAACCUGCUUUUAAAGAGGUGUAUUUCCAGUUCUUGGGGUUGAUAAAAUACUUUAAAAAUGUGGAUAACGCACAAAGCCCCCCUCUCCCCUUCCUUACUCCUACGACCACCCCAGCAGCAUCUCUGAGAUACCUCUGUGCUUUGCCAGUAACAAACCAAACGCAGGCUGCAAGUUGGCAAAAGGAAACUGCAGAAGACUAAUACAGGUCUUGGUUACCCCCAUAGGGGUUGCUGCACAGGGGCAGUGUUGAGGUUUACUCAUCAGGACGGAUAGGUCCGUAGUCAAGCACUAGGCAGAAAGAGUAGCAGCAGCAAGUGCAGGACGAGUACAAGUGCAGGACGGGUUGUGCCUGUCCUGGACAGCACCGUCAUCUGAGGAAGUGGCACCCGGCGGCCAAGAGAGCCCUUCCCGGGGUAGCCCGUGUCACUGCGUGUCCCUUUGCCCCCCACAGACAGCAGCAUAGAGGCAGUCCCAGGUCCUGGCGGCCCUGGAGCCGAGCCUGG